CAGCAGCUGAGCAGAGUAUAAAAACACUCAGGACUCAGCAACUUCAGAUCCGUGAGAUCAAACUGAAGAGCAUCUGUUCACCACUGCGAGCGUAAAAGCCUGUCAUGAUGGAUAUCACUAUCACAAUGCUGAAUGGGGAGUGUCGUACCCUGACGGUGAACCCGGGAGACUCUGUGUCCUCCCUGAAGCGCCUCAUCCAGAGCCACCUGCAGGUCGCCCCGGAGUGUCAGAGGCUCACCAUCAGCAACGGGCAGAACAAAGUCCUCAGUGACAACUCCAAACCACUGAGUUACUAUGGAUUAGUGCCUGGCUCAAAGGUAUCCCUUCUGGUGGUCGAACCAACACCCGUCCAGGUGUUUCUGAAGAACGAGAAGGGUCAGACCAGCACAUACGACAUGGACCCGGGGGAGACCGUGCAAAGCUUCAAAAGGAAAGUGCACGCCAGAGAGAGGGUCCCCGUGGAUCAGCAGAGGCUCAUCUACCAGGGCAAAGAGAUGAUGGACGGCAAACUUACAGACUACGGCGUCGAAGCUCUUGGGACCAUAUACCUGACUCUGCGCCUGCGAGGAGGUUAAGGACACUGCCACACUUAGUUUAGAAUUAUUUUUAUUUAAUUUCUCUGAUUUAUUGUAUUUCACUUGUUCCUGCUAAGUUUACUUGUUUAUAUAACUGCACCUUAUUACUAAAAAUCAGUGUUUAUUCUCUUUGACUAAAUAAAGUUAAUUUAAUUUAA